GUGUGUGUAAGAGAGAGAGAGACAGAAAAACAGAGAGGGAGAGAAAGAGGGUACCAUUUACAACGACCUUUCCAAAUCUAAUGGCAUGUGAGCGCAUUUGUGCGCUUUGAAGCAGAUGAUACCCGAGCACAUACAGAACAGGUCUGCGCGUAAGGUUAGCGCUGUGAUGCUUCUAAAUAGUUUGAAACAGUGCCGUGUUAACUGCGAUGAAGAAAAACAAGGCAACUGAAAAGUUUAGUUUAGUAAUAAGGUAGUUAUCAGCCCUGCCUUACAACAGGAGGAAUCUGCUGCUGCGGCGAUCAUGUUCUGACUCUGUCUGGUGCAGAACAGACGGAGCGGAAUGAAGUCGGUGAUAUGGAGCGCCAGACGGCGGCCGUUCCAGCGCUUCUGCUGCUGUGCAUUCGGGUUUCUCGUGGUUGUGUGGGUCGCACAGGUCUUGCAACUGACAGAGGUGGAGUCUUCGUGGCCAGAAACUGACUUUCCCAGACGCAGGGUCCUACAGUAUGGAAUUGACAAUCAAACAAUUGACACUCCCAGAGCAGCAAUUCAUGAGUUCCCUGAGGACAUCUUCACCAAAGAACAGCGAAAGAGAGGUGCCAUACUACUACACGUGCUAUGUGCCAUCUAUAUGUUCUACGCACUUGCUAUUGUUUGCGAUGACUUUUUUGUCCCCUCCCUGGAGAAGAUCUCAGAGAAUCUACAGUUGAGUGAAGACGUGGCUGGAGCUACGUUUAUGGCUGCAGGAAGUUCAGCUCCAGAAUUAUUUACUUCCUUAAUCGGUGUAUUUAUCACAGAGGGGGAUGUCGGAGUAGGAACCAUAGUAGGGUCGGCUGUCUUUAACAUACUGGUCAUCAUUGGAGUGUGUGGCAUAUUUGCCCGUCAGACGGUGACCCUUACCUGGUGGUCUAUGUUCAGAGACUCGCUCUACUACAUCUUCUCAGUGUUGGCCUUGAUUUUGGUUAUCUAUGACGAACAAGUUGUAUGGUGGGAAUCCAUGCUUCUGAUCUCCAUGUAUGGAGUCUAUAUCCUUAUCAUGAAGUUUAACAGUCAGAUUGCCAGCUUUGUCCAAAGAUCAUGUGGCAGGCCAGCCCAGUGUUGUGUCAGGAGAGAAAUGUCCACAGAUAAAGAGGGUGAUGAAGUCAACUGCAACACCUCCAUGGUGCUGUUGAGGAAAGCUCCAGCAGGCUCAGGGCAGGAGUCACCAGUAGUGAUGGUGGAUGAGCUGCUGAUCUUGAGGCCACACCAGCUCUCAUUCCCGGAGGCUGGGCUGCGUGUCAUGAUCACACCACAUUUCUCCCCACGUACCCGUCUGACUAUGGCUGGACGCAUGCUCAUCAGUGAGAGACAGCGACUGCUCAGGGAGAGCAGGACCCCAGUAAAGACAUUCAAUUCUAGAGGGAUAGUAAAUGGAGGAAGUGUUGAAACACAGCCACUUGAGGAUGCAGAAAUGAUGGAUGGUAAGAAAGGAGUAAAGGUGGAAGGGGAAAACAAUCAUGAAGAAGAGGAUGAGGAUGGGGACGAAAGGUUCAGACCUCUCCAUAUUCCUGCUGGUUACUGUGCGCGUAUGAAGUGGUUUGUAUCGUGGCCGCUGGGUGUUUUGCUGUAUUACACAGUGCCUAACUGUGUUUUGCCACGUUGGCAUCGCUGGUUCAUGAUCACCUUUAUUGCUUCAACUUUAUGGAUUGCUAUUUUUUCCUACCUCAUGGUGUGGAUGGUCACCAUCAUCAGCUACACGCUAGAUAUUCCGGAUUACAUCAUGGGAAUCACUUUUCUGGCUGCUGGCACUAGUGUACCCGACUGCAUGGCAAGCCUCAUUGUUGCCCGUCAAGGUAUGGGGGACAUGGCAGUGUCUAACUCCAUUGGCAGCAAUAUCUUUGACAUCCUGCUGGGACUGGGCUUCCCCUGGGCUCUAAGAACUUUAGUAGUACACCAUGGAUCAACAGUAUUCAUCAAUAAUAAGGGCCUGGUCUAUUCUGUCAUCCUGCUGCUCGCAUCAGUCUUCCUCACUGUCCUGAGUGUGCAUCUGAAUGGCUGGAAGCUGGAUCGGAAAUUAGGGUUUGGUCUCUUGCUCCUUUACUCUGUUUUUUUGCUCUGCUCCAUCCUCUUUGGUCAGCUCUAGAGGCUUCAAAUGAGUUUAUAUCCUGCAAUUCUGACUUUUUUUUUUUUCUUCAUUGUUUUUGGUUGAAUUUUAUAGUGCUUUUUACUGUAGAUCAGGUACUAAAUCUUAGCUGAUUUCAUGCCUGCAUCCAAUGUAGCAGCAAAAGGAAAUUUUGUGCUCUACAGAAUGGUUUUCGAAGCAUUUAAACUGAAAUGACAGUGUUCAAAUCCGAUCAGUCUUUUGUUCUGUCCAUUAAGCACUGCUUUAAGCUGGAAGGUAUACUGUAUAAUAUGUUUCUAUCAGUCUGCCAUCUUACAAGAACACUGAAGUAUUACAAUAAGUCACUGUUUAGCUGCUUUGCUGUGUUAAAUCCUUGUGAAAAAGAAGUACACUUCUAAAACCUAAGUGUCAUGACUGUUUCUUAACACACUUUUGACAAGUGUACUUUGUAAUAAAGAGAAAAUGUAAAAACUUUUAAUUUGACAUUAAGUGCACUUAAGUGGCCUUUUAAUUCAAUAAUAUUAUAUUAUCUGCAAGUACAGUUUUUUAAAAAUAUAAAUGUUGAGAUUUGAAGUACAUUACAAGUGCACAUUCAAUACAAUUAUGCGCACUUCUUUUUCACAAGGGUAGUCCUGCUGUUGUGUUAGUUUGUACAACAGUUCAGUUAAUCCCUAAAUCUGAUUGGCUGAGCUGCCUUCCAAGAGUACCAAUAGAGAGUAUAACAGCACUGGGGCAUUUCACACAGUUCGUAUUAUUCUGCUUGUCUGUGUUCAGAGAUUUCCAGCUUUUGUAUACAGUCUCUCUCACUAUUGAGGUAAUGUAAAACUCAUAGUGGACAAGUGAUUACAAAACGCUGGAAAUGGCUGUUUUUCAGCCUUACUGAUGUACACUAUACCAGACCAGCUUUUGGUCUGUUUGUUACUUUGUUGACAUCCAAAACUUGAUGCUUUGGCUCCUUCUGGAACUACAUUUGAGGUUGUAUGUUUAUAUACACCUUGCAGAAUAUGAGAAAUGUCAAUUUAUAAAUUAAAAAAAAAAAAAAAAGGGAUCAUAAAAAUUGCAUGUUGUUUUUUUAGUACUGCCCUGAAUAUGGUCCACAAGACCAAAUGAAUCAGUUCAAAAGUUCACACCUUUGAAUCUUAAUACUGUGUGCAGUUACCUAGAAAAUCCAUGUUGUUUUAUAUGUAAACAACUGUGGUGUAUUUAGUGCUUCCCUAAAUAAGCUUCUCUGAAUAAAUACAAAACAAAAAUGCAAUUUUUAUGAUUCCUCUUAUGCAUUUAUUUUUUAAAGCUGCUGUCCGUAACUUUUUUUGGUUAAAAAUUAUCCAAAAUCAAUUUUUGAGCAAGUACCAUUACCAGCCAGUGUUCAAAACUAUCUCCUUAUCUUAGCCCAAUUCACAACGGUAAGCUUGUAAUAAUGUUUUAUAAUUCUGGUGGUACUGGUGGGUUUCCACGGGAAAUUCAAGCAUGUCUUUGUGUCAUUGCGUCACAUCUGUAAACAGAAAGAACGAGUCCCAGAAGGCUAUAUCGCAUGUGAGGCAGAUCAUUUAUAGCCUUUUCUCACCGCAGCUGCAAUAAUUAAACUUAUCAUUUGGAUGGCGGAUUGUAUGGUGUGAAAAAUUAUUGUUAGAGAUUAGACUGUACAGAAAUUUUAAUCUACAGGUAAUGCUACAUACUAAAUACACAUAGCCACGCAAUGCUGAUGUUGUUAACAUUAACAAUUUGAGAACAAAGUUUAACAAUAAUAUUAAUUUGAAUAGUUUGACGUGAUCCGAGCUAAGCGUUCGUUAAAUUUAAUCACCAUAGGCAGCGCGAUUUAUUAUAAUACUUUUUUUUUCUAAGUUGUUCAGAACAAAAGUGGGAGACAUGUUACUUACUUGUUCAGAUGACAUUUUCCGGUGAAAAUUCUUACUUUGGUCAUACUUCAAGACUACAGUCUGUGAUUCCGAAGUACAUUAUUCACACUAACAGCAAAUAUUAAAUUCUUCUACAACUUAAAAAUGAUAAUUCCGCAAACAACUGCAAUUGCUGGUUUCUAACAGAGAUGGCGACAAAGAGGCAAAACUUACGGAAUGCAGCUUUAAUUAUUAGAAUUUUGCAGGAUCUACAAGGUGUUUGUAAACUUAUGACCACAACUGUAUUUCUAUAUAUUUCUAAAUAAAGACUCUUUAUGAAUUAAUUGUUUAUAGAACAGUUGCAGUCGUGCUGUACUCAAUAUCAGCAUUCAGAUAAUCACAGAGUUGUCAAUUCAGAACAACAUACUGUACCACAUGACAGCAUUAAACAAGUUGUUUUUAGGAAUAUAUGUAAUGAUCAAGCAUGCAUGCAUCUAUGCUAAAUACAGUGUUGGGUUUGUAACUUCUAAAAUAAUUAGGCACUGAUUAAAACAAUUUAAUCAGUAACUGUCUUUUAGAUUACACGUUUUAAGUAUUAUAAUUUAAUUAUUUUUGUAGCACUUGAGCUAUAUCUUAUUUAUUUUAAUAAAAAAUACUGUUGUAUUGUUCUGACAAAAAAAAAAAAAAAAAAAGACCAGAUAUGAACAUAUUCCUUAAACUACUGCACAUCUUUAUUAUCAACACAAACAGCCUUAAUUGUUUCUUCAAUUAUUGCAUGUUUUGAUAAAAAUAACUAAUUUGUGAAUUAAAGAAAUAGUUCACCCGGAAAUGAAAAUUCUGUCAUCAUUUACUCACCCUCACGUUGCUCCAAAAUUGUACUGCUACUUUUAAAAGAAAAUAUUUUGAGUAAUGCAUAAUUUUUUUUCCAUUCAAGUGUUCCAUUUCUAAAAAUAUCUUCUUUUGUGAUAGAAUUUUCAUUUUUGGGUAAACUAUUUUAAGUACCAUUUAACACCACUUUCACCACACAAUAGUAAACCAGUUAAAAAUAACAGCAGACUAUUAAAGUUUAAUAGUUAUUACUUUUGCUGUGGAUAUAAGCAUCUUUUGGAAAUCAAGGACAUGUCACAUAAAGAUCAACCAAACAUAUUCCAGCCUGUGGCUCAGACAGCUCACUAUUAGUAAAUUACAAAUUAAUUAACUAAUUUAUUGCUGUUGACUGAUGGUAAUAUAAUCAAUAUGUCAGCAUGAAAAAGUAACUGUACUCUGAUUGCGUGUGUGUUUCAUUUUUAAAAUGUAAUGUAUACUCUAAUUACAAGUACUUGGUUUUUGUAAUAGGAUUAUGUAAUAGCACUGGUUAUAUAAAGACUGUUUAUUUACUGUAGUUAUUGACAAAGUAAUCACGUUGUGGUAAUUCUGUCUUUAAUCUGUUUGCACUGACUGUAGCAAUACUUCUGAAUUCAUAGACUGAUGACUUGAUUUGUUUUUGAUGAUCACUGUAAGUGAGUGUGGGAAUACUUGUAGAAACAGUAGUUCUUUAAGCGAUAAACAAAACACCACAGGUUUGCCUGUAGUAGUAAUUUAACGUGAUUGUAUUUUUGAUAGUAGUUUUUUGGAUGUUUUUUUUAAAGAGGUUUGUAACUGGUUGUUAUAGAAUAUAAUAUAUGUGUACUGAAUUUUUUAGUGAAAUUUUAGAUUUCCCCCCUUGCAGUCAAAAAUGGUUCAUUUUACUAGUUGUAAAUUGAAAAAAAAAAAAAAAAAAAAUCAUAUUAUUGAAAAAAGAUAUUUAGGUAAUUUUUAGGGAUAUACGUUAUUUAUAUAGGUUUAAGCUUGUUUGUUAUUACGUAUGAGAGUACACAGAAAGAAAACUUUACUGUCUAUAUUUACUACAAUUUGCCUAGUUUUAUAAAGUCAAGUUGAAAUGUUUAUAAUAUUUCUAUAUUAGACAUAAAUGUGGUGGAUAUGAUGUGAGUACUGUAGUGUUGUGUGUUAGACUGGAUAAAAAUCAAUGAGUCAAACAAUGUCUAGUCUAUGCUUUGCUAAAAGAUCCCUUAACAUUUUUGAGUUGUUUUUUAUUGAUGUCUUAAAUUUUAAAAUGAAGUAUACUAUUGUACAUUUUCACUAUUGAUACCAUUUGUUGGCAUAUAUAUAAAUAUGUAUUCUGUUACUUCUGUCCUGUGAGAUUCACCAAAUUCUGUAAAGAUUACAUUUGCUUCUGGUUUUAGAGACUAAAUGGUCAGUGCAAAGACAAAACAGUGAUGCCACUAAAUAAUAAUCAUGGCGGGGAGUGAAAAUCAAAUGCUUCAUGGCUUUUGUUCUACAAAAAGUCUGUUCUUGUGUGCAAUAAAAUGUGCAAUAAGAAGAA